AUCCUGGAAGAGAUCAAACGAAGAGAAGACGCCGACAAAGUUCUCCCAGUCAUUCUGACUGCUACAAACAAAGAGGGAAGGUCGCCAUAUCAGGAGGAAUUGGAUAAGUGGGAGAACAGGGACCGAGAAGACCCAGAAGUGACGCAAGAGGAGUCGGAAUUCAAGAAGAGUUUCAAGUCGCUCAUCUUUCAGAAGGUCAAAGGGAUCCCAAAUGUCAGCAUGGCUUUGUAUGGAAGCUCCGGCAACCUGAAGGAGCUUUGUCUGGACAUGUCGGACUUCAACCAGUCAUCUCACAAUUUUGAGAAGUUUGUCGAGAAACUAACCAGCCUCGAUACUGACAUGGACGAAGGCGUGGAUGUUGACGAGGAUGACGGCACCCUGCAGUUUGAAGACACCCUCUUCUUCGUUCACUUGCCGGACCUCAACUACGUCAAGCAGCCUUGUCCCCACAAGACCUUGCGGACUUUGUUCCUGUGGCUCAAGAACAAGAAAAAUGUCAAAAUCAUCAAGAAGCUCAACAUACCGGACAACACGAUCAACCCAAUGAACCCUGCUUUCUUCGGGCUGAACAUCCUGAAUAACUUUGAGAUUGAGGCCCUGGAUUGGCGCAAGUUGGACAUGAGCCUGGAUAUCCUGACCGGAGGCGUCGACAGGGGGAAGCCGCCCAAGGCGUCCGGAACGCGGAAUUCGCUGAAGGAACUCACGUUGUAUUCCAGCGGCAAUUGGAGCGUGUUGUAUCAUUGGAUAAGCAAGGACGGCCUAGCAAGGCUCCCCAAUGGAGUGCACGAGAAGGAUAUCCACAGCCGUCAUCUGGAGCUCGCCGAAGAGUAUAAAGCUUAUUUAGAGGGCCGACAUGCCGAGAAUAAGAAGUUAUACGAGAAUGACCCGGAUACCAAUUUCAACUAUAAACCGGACAUCAAAGUUAACGCGAAGUGGUACUAUCCUCCUCCUCCUCACGAACCCGAAGAUGCUACUGCGCAUGUUCCAAUGCAUCAGUUCACCGGCCAACUGGGACCCUGCCAUAAGUUCCUGGAUGAACAGAAGGCGAAGCGGCUUGUCGACGACAGGUACGACGUCUCAGACUGCGACGGGCAGGACGAAUUCCCGGGCACUAGCGGCGAGGCGAUGCAAGACCCACAGAAUGACGAGGACAUGCAGCACGUACGGAGGCUGCGAAAGUACGCUAUUCCACCGGUCAGAGGCAUCGAUCUUCCCCCCCCAGACAGCAGGAUCAAAGUGGCUAUCAUCGACAAUGGGGCCGAUAGGAUUAGGUCGAGCAUCGGAGAAAUGAUUGCCAAGGGCGUCUCGUACGUCACUGCCGACCUGUUCGGCUCGGAUCGGAUCCUGCCCUGGUGGAUGGUGUCGGACGCCCACGGAACUCAGAUGGCAUCGCUGAUAGGGCAGACUAAUCCAUACUGCCGUCUCUACAUUGCUCGUGUUGGUAAAGGGAGGAACGAUAUAGACCCCAAAAGCGCGGCAAAGGCUGUGAAGUGGGCCAUCGAACAAAAGGUCGACAUAAUAUCCAUGAGCUGGACCACGCUAAAGAACGACAGCGCGUUGGAGAAGGCGAUAAAGGACGCAGCAGAUGAUUCAAGCGGGCGGGCUACUUUGAUGUUCUGUUCGACCGCCGACGAGGGCAUCUUCUCCGACCCCAUCUACCCGGCCGACUACGGUAAGAACGUGGUGAGCGUCAGUGCGACGGAUAGGUGGGGCCACUCCACGUCGAAGAACAUGAGGGCCAAAGAGGUUGACAUCCGGAUACCUGGCGAGAACAUCGAGGCCGUGGGUCCCGCAUACAUUGGCACCGUCACGCCCACCGUGUCGGGCUCUUCCGUGGCCACCGCUCUGGCGGCAGGCAUCGCAUCUUUGGCUCUUCUUCUCCUUCGGACAUACAACAACUUGGAGGAUCGGGACAUGAGACACUUCUACACAAAACAAGGCAUCAUGCGCAUCUUCAAGAAAAUGGACGCCGACAAGGGGGGCAUACAGCUGUCCAAGCUCUUCCCACGUGAGACGGUCGACGAGAACAACACUCGCAAGACAUUGGCAAAGAAUUGGAACAUCAGCAAUUUCCCCGAGUAG